AUGUCAAGACGUCUCAAUAAUUGUAAACUUCCAAUAUUAGCGUUUGUUACGAUAAUAUGCCUAACCUCUUUGUACUUCAACUACAAUUCUGAAAAUACAUCAUCGAUUGAAAGGAUAAAAUCAAACUCAGAAUCCAUGCCAGUGUCUGAAUUUAAUGACGGGAAUAAACCGAUCAAAAAGCCUCCGAUAUUCGACUCAGCGACCUCACAUCCUCCAGGCUUGCUAGUUCCGGGCAGUGACAAGAUUACAGAAAAAUCUCGAUCAAAAUUCGCGAUCGAUCCAGUGUCUAAAAUUAAAGCGGGAAAUAAAUGGAUCGUCGUCACAACUAUUAGUUUGCCAACGGAAGAUGUCAAGAGACUUGCAUCAUUUGUGGAUUGGAACUUGGUAGUGGUUGCAGAUAUCAAAACUCCGCUAGAUUGGAAACUGGAAAACGUUCACUUCUUGUCUGUGCAAUUUCAAAAGCAACUGCCUUUUUCCCUGGUUUCAUCACUGCCUUAUAAAUCUUACAAACGGAAAAAUAUUGGAUAUUUGUAUGCAAUAUCUCAAGAAGCUGAAUGGAUUUAUGACACUGAUGAUGCCAAUAAACCUUAUGGGUUAGGAUUGAAUCAAUUGAAUUUCCAAGAAACCAUUUCUGGGAUGCGGUUUCGACCAAAAAAUGGAAACUACAGAAAUACGACAACGUCUCUUCAACCCUUAUCGAUUUUAUGGGAUGGAUCAAAUGUGGCCAAGGGGGUUUCCGUUAGAACACUUUGAAAAACACACUAAUGGAAAUGAAACUCUUUCUUCAUGCUAUCAGAUGAAGCGAGCAGCCGUGCAACAAGGAUUGGUUCAUCACGACCCGGACGUUGACGCCAUUUAUAGAUUGAUACAUGCUGAUUCGAAAAACGGCUUGGACAUCAAAUUCAACAAAUUCGCACCCCCUAUCACUUUAUCAGUUGGCACAUAUUCUCCCUGGAACUCGCAGAAUACUAUGUUCCACAAAUCAGCUUUUCAUACUUUGUUUCUUCCAACGACAGUUUCUUUCAGAACCACUGACAUCUGGAGAAGCUUUAUUUCUCAAAAAAUACUACAUCUAUCGGGGUUGACAGUAUCGUUUGUGCCGACAAACGCUGUUCAAUUUAGAAAUGCUCAUAACUAUUUAAAAGAUUUGAAAGAUGAGAAACAAGUUUAUGAAGAUUCUGGUAGAAUGAUUGAAUUUUUGCAUAAUUGGAAUUGCUCCACAAGAAAUUCCACUCGAAGUUGUAUAAUUGAGAUGACCAAUGAUUUGGUGACAGAGAAGCUUCUGGGAAAAGAAGAUGCAAAAUUGAUGGAAAUGUUUUUGAAUGAUUUAACUGAAAUGGGGUUUACGUUUCCAGUUUUGCUUGAGCAUAACUACCUGGAUCCAUACGCUCCAACAACAAAUGAAACCUAAAGAGAAGUCAACUGCCGAAGAAUGCACUUGGAGUUUGAAAUUGUAGACCCAAAUAAGAAAGUUUCAGAGGUCACUGAUAAGUCCAAACAAAAGCUAGAUUACUUUGGGGACAUCAUCAAAUGGUGCGAGGAAACUGGAGAAUCAAUUGUCUCAACCAAUUUUUCUUCUCCAAAACAACUGCAUGACCAACAUAAAAAAUCGUAUGUACUGCAGAAGCAGAUGAACAGCGUAUUGAUUGUGGUUAACAAUUUCCCUUGGAAGUAUGGUAUGGGCUUGAUACAGCGACUUUAUCAACCAUACUUCGCCAUGGUGAUUUUCUGUGGUCCAUGGUAUCCUGCACAGUUUUCCGAUGACACAAAUUUCACAUCAACUAUUUCUCCAAUUAACUAUAUUCAUAUGAAUCCAGCUGAAAUUGAUAAUGGAUUCCAUUCAUACCAUUGUGCCACACUUGUAUAAGAAUUAGGAAUACAAAAUGUUGAAGGGUAUUUUCUGAUGGGAGACGAUACUGUGUUUAAUAUUUGGCAACGGAUCGAUUUUUCACGAGUUCAUCAUUUAACUGGUGUUACAUUUGAGAAAAGUUCGGAAUGGUGGCAGUCUGUAGAUAUUGGAAUGGACGCAGCAAAGAAUGUUGUGAGGUUUGUCAACAUCAGUACAGACCCAAAAAUUAUUGAAACAUGGAACAUUUUUGAAGCCAGACUAAUAAAAAAUGGAUACCUCCCAGAUGGUGUAUCGGUGAAUGAUGAGAUGACAUCAGGACAUGGAAGAAGUUUCUCUGAUUUCUUCUACAUCCCAGCAUCUGAAAUCGAUUAUUAUGCAAGUCUAAUGAGAAUUUUCUACGCGAACAAACUAUUUUUGGAGAUAGCUGUGAACAAAUUUCUCAAGUCUGUCAAUUAUCAAACCUCUCUGUCCGGAAUUUCUAGUUAUCUAUGGGUAAACGACAGGGACCACUGGGAUUCAUUCUACAGUAAAGACAUGGUUGCAAUGCAUCCGGUGAAAUUAAGCACUUUAAAAAUGUCUUACACAAAUAGAACAAGGUACUGCACAACAAUAGUUCAGUCGUGGGCUGAUAUCAUAAUAUCAGGAUCUCAUGAUUUCAAAGUGAAAGCUGAUGACGAACCGAAUAUGAAAAAAGGAUACGUUCAAUUUUUUGAAUCAAUUUUGACAGUUUGUGUUGUUUUAUUUUCUUUUCAUAUUUAA